GGACUGAACUCUAUUUGAGUCACGUCGGCUCUCUGGGCCGACAUCGGCCAUCAUUGCCAACUUCGCUCUACUAUAGAACUAAAGAGGCAGUUGGAAGUUUUCCCUUCUGCGCUACCAUUCCUCGAACAUCUGAAACCAGCGCCAAAGAUGUCGACAGUCACCGCAGAGAUGAUGCUGGAGGUCGAAGACCAAGGCCGAGUCCAACUCUCGGUCUACUCCCGGUUCAAACCUUUGCAAAAGCGUAUAAUUACAGCCAUCGCUGCUUUCUGCGGCUUUCUGGCGCAAGUGUCAACAACGAGUGUGCUUGCCGCCGUGCCCGAAAUCGUCGCAACCUAUCACACGACAGCGACGGCCAUCAGUAUCAGCAAUGCCGUCUACCUCGCAUUCAUGGGUCUUUCGGCUUUCAUAUGGGGACCGUGGGCCGAUAUAUUUGGACGCCGAUCAGCCUAUCUUCAUAGCCUCGCACUUUUCCUGGCAUUCACUAUUGGGACAGCUUUAUCGCCCCAGCUGGAGUUGUUUUUUGUCUUUCGAGCAUUCACGGCUUUCCAAGGCACCUCGUUCUUGAUCCUUGGGUCUAGUUGCAUUUCGGAUAUCUACCACCCUACUGAGAGAGCAACGUCUCUCGGCUGGUUUCUCACCGGCACGACCAUUGGCCCUGCAUUCGGGCCACUUCUUGGUGGUAUAGUCGUGACUUUCACAUCGUGGAGGGUCAUCUUCUGGAUCCAGGCCAGUCUUGCCGGCGUCGCGUUGAUCUUCGUCUUUUUCUGCUUGCCAGAGACACUACACAAGACUCGCAAAUCCGAGCUUGCAGGCCUUGGAGUGGUGGAAAAGUGCAGCAAGCUCUGGAAAUGGGGAAAUCCCUCCAGAAUUUUGAAGCUUUACGGCAACAAGAACUUCUUCUUGGUUUGUCUUGCAUCUGCUUCACUGGUUUGGAACAUGUACUCCCUCCUGACCCCGAUUCGAUAUGUGCUCAACCCAAGAUUCCACCUCACAACCCCGUUGCAGUCUGGCUUGCUUUAUAUCGCUCCAGGCGUCGGCUAUGUGGUAGGCAGCCAGAUUGGCGGACGGUGGGCCGACUAUACCGUGGCCUCGUGGAUCCGAAAGCGUGGUAUUCGCUUACCAGAGGACAGACUUCGGAGCAGUCUGGUCUUUUUGGGCAUCAUGCUGCCGACCUCGAUGGUCUUGUACGGCUGGACAUUGGACAAGAGAUUUGGCGGUAUACCGCUACCCAUCAUCUGCAUGUUUCUCCAGGGUGUUGCGCAGUUGGCAGCAUUCCCAAGCUUGAAUGCUUACAUCUUGGACGUUAUGCAACACCAAAAUGGGGAGGCUUCUGGCAAGCUCCGAAUCCUUUCGCCGAUAGGGACGUUCGCUAACCGAAUGUACAACAGCUAGCCAUUACUUGAUAAGAUACAUGCUCGCAGGAAUCUCGACUGCAAUAUGCCUCCCGUUAAUCGAGUCGAUUGGCGUUGGCUGGGUUUCGACAAUGUCAGCAGGUAUCCAAUUCAUAUGUGCUGGAUUGGUAUAUCUCACUGUUCGUCUGGGAGCAACGUGGCGUAAGACGCAUCAGGUACCUGUACCGAUCUGAUAUUGAUCCUUGAUACUUGAAUUUUUAGACUUAGGGGAUGGUCUUGAUCAGAUACGAUUUUAAGGGGAGACGACGAGAGAGGCAUUUAUCCCGACUAGAGCAGCUAACAGCGCCUUGAAUACCGCAUCGCAACGGCACGCUAUGUAGUUUGUGACUCAGCCUCAGCUGCUUCCU